AGAGCCGGCAAGCUUUACAGGUUGUGGAAAAGACUGGAGCAUGGUUCCGGGAGUGCAUAUAGCGGCUUCGCCUGGCUGGCCCGAUGACACGGCGCUGUCCGAUCUGCGCCGCAAGACCGCCCGUUCCCGUGUGUCCGUGUCUCGCGCUAGCGGCCGACACACUCUUUUACCCAAAAACAGCACUUUUUUGCCGUUUUUCGCCUGGGCUCCAGGACGACCCCCAGGCGGGUGUACGGGUGCGUGUGCACACGCGGGCGUGUUUCGCCUCCGCUGCCCUGCUAUCCGCAGGAACGCCCAAAUAGACAUCAAGGCGUACAUCCAGUGUAUUUGAAACGUCCAAGCCCCACACAAUUCCACCGUCUCCCCGCUUUUUUUUCUCGCAGGCCUUACGCAGAUGGCCGUCAGGAAACCACUCACCAAGUUCACGACGCCGUUCGGGUCCGGCGCCGGCGUGGCCAAGGAGAACCGCCCGCCCAAAAUCAAGGACUCCGAGACGCGUCUAGCAAAGCCUUUCCGGGUGCCCUUCGCCAACAAGUCCGGCGGCUCUCUCAACCAAAACGUUCCGCUGCGGCUCCCCGACCGCAAGGCCAAAAACGGCGCCAAAAACUACGCAGACGGCGACGUGCCAGAGGGCCCUGGCCCUGGCAGAAGCGAGGAGUACAAUGUCGAUGAGAACGGCGAGCCCGUCCGGCCCAAGAAACGCGGCGCCCUCAUGCCCCGGGCACGGCUACAAGGCAACGCGCUUGUCCAUACGGAAACCGCGUUCCGGCGGCUGUUUGCCGUGCCGUUUGCCAGGACCGAAUCCAACAGGGACCUCGUGGCCAAUGCCUUGCCGCCACCGCCGUUGGGCACGCGGCGCAAAGUCGUGUUGCCGCCCCGUGCGCUCCACGACCCCACGAGCGAGUUUGCCAUAGUCCUCUACGACCCCACCGUCGACGUGUUCCCCGUGGCAGAAGACGACGACGUGUCCAACGCCUCGUGCUCCUCCAUUCUGUCCUCGGAGCCGCGCGAGCCCACCGUGAUCCGGCUGUCUUCGUCGGAGCCGGAGGCACUCGAUGCCGAGGAGCCGCCCGCCAAAAAACGGCGCCCGCAGAAGUCGCUCGCGGAGAUUUUGGGCAUCUGCAAGAACCCCGAUGCUGCCAUCAAGUACCCGGACGUGCCCGUGGUCAUCGACCCGCGGCUCGCCAAGAUCCUCCGGCCCCACCAGAUCGAGGGCGUCAAGUUUCUCUACCGGUGCACGGCCGGCCUCAAGGACCCGCGGGCGAAGGGGUGCAUCAUGGCCGACGAAAUGGGGCUCGGCAAAACGCUCCAGUGCUUGGCGCUCAUGUGGACGCUUUUGCGGCAGGGCCCGCGCGGCAAGAAGACCAUCGAGAAGUGCAUCAUUGUGUGCCCGUCGUCGCUCGUGCGGAACUGGGCCAACGAGAUCAUCAAGUGGUUGGGCGAGGGCGUGCUCACGCCGUUGGCGGUCGACGGAAAAAGCACCAAGGCUGCUGACUUGGGCCAGGCGCUCCAGCAGUGGUCGGUGGCGUCGGGCCGCAACAUCGUGCGGCCCGUGUUGAUCAUUUCCUACGAGACUUUGCGCAGAAACGUGGACAAGCUAGCGGGCACCGAGGUCGGGCUCAUGCUAGCGGACGAGGGCCACCGCUUGAAGAACGGCGACUCGCUCACAUUCACGGCGCUCAACGCGCUCCGCUGCGAGCGGCGCGUGAUAUUGAGCGGCACGCCCAUCCAGAACGAUUUGUCCGAGUACUUCUCGCUUCUCAACUUCGCCAACCCAGGCUACCUCGGAACCAGGAACGACUUCCGCAAGCACUACGAGAACUCGAUUUUGAAGGGCAGGGAUGCUGACGCGUCCGACACCGAGGUGAAGAAGGGCCAGGAGAAGUUGACCGAGUUGUCGCAGAUGGUCUCCAAGUUCAUCAUCAGGCGCACCAACGACAUCCUCUCCAAGUACUUGCCCGUCAAGUACGAGUACGUAGUGUACGUCGGGCUCACGGACUUCCAGAGGGCUGUCUACGAGCACUUCAUCACCUCGGACGCCAACAAGAAAGUCAUCAGCUCCCAGCCUUUGAAGGCAAUUGACACGUUGAAGAAGUUGUGCACGCAUCCUGACCUUUUGAAAUUGCCACAGGAAGUGGAUGGGAGUCACAAGCUCAUCCCGGACGAGUACGAGUCGCUGGAUCUUGGCGGCCGUGGCCGCGAGAUCCAGACCUGGUACGGGGCCAAGUUCUCUGUGCUCGAGCGUUUCUUGCACAAGAUCCACCUUGAGACAAACGACAAAAUCGUGGUCAUUUCGAACUACACACGAACGCUUGAUUUGAUUGAGCGGAUGUGCCGCUAUAAGCGAUUUGGCUCCCUUCGUCUUGAUGGCACGAUGGGCAUCAACAAGAGACAGAAAAUCGUCGACAAGUUCAACGACCCCAAUGGCCCAGAGUUCAUCUUUUUGUUGUCCUCCAAAGCAGGCGGGUGUGGUAUCAACUUGAUUGGUGCCAACCGGUUGGUCUUGAUGGACCCUGAUUGGAACCCUGCAUCGGACCAGCAAGCGUUGGCAAGAGUGUGGAGAGACGGGCAGAAAAAAGACUGCUUCAUUUACAGAUUCAUCUGCACUGGCUCCAUCGAAGAAAAGAUAUUCCAAAGACAAUCCAUGAAGCUCUCGUUGUCGUCGUGUGUUGUGGAUGAGAAGGAGGACGUGGAGCGUAUAUUCAGUGGUGACAUGUUGCGCCUUCUUUUCCAAUACCGACUGGACACAGAAUGUGACACACAUGAUACCUAUAAUUGCAGGCGGUGCUCUCGAGAAAAGGGCCAGCUCGUCAAGUCACCGGCAAUGUUGUACGGAGACGCUACGACAUGGAAUCAUUUAAACCACAAGGCUUUGUGUAACAACGAGGAUAUCCUCUUGCGAAACGAGAGCGAGUUCAACGAUGUUUCGUUUGCAUUUCAGUACAUCUCACACUAGUGACAUGUAUU